AGGUAUUUGGCCGACUAUGUCACCCCCUAGGGGCCCAGUUAGGCGCCGACCCUAGGCUAGGGUUAGCCCUGCUCGCCGCACGAUUUUGCCACUGUGCAAAGUAGGCGCCGACUAAGCGCCCCGCUCCAUAGUAUGCCCAAAGAUCCCACGGCAAGACCGAGGAGGUCCACCGCAGGCCCAACCGGCGAGCUUGCGGACCAUUCGUACCUCCAUGAGCCGACUUGGAAGACGGACACCCCGAGAAUGCGCCUGAUUUGGAAGGCGUUGGCGAAGAGCAAGUACCGCUUGGACGACAGUGAUUUGAAGGGAUAUGUGCAUGAUCGUGACUUCGACGAUAGCGACAAAAUGAUAGUCCAGUACAGGGAGCGCAUCGUGCAACACGUCGCGUGGGAGCUGUACGAUGGCCCAACAGGGUUCUGGAGAAAACUCAAGACUGAGUUGGAUGAACAUGUGGCCGAGUACGGCAACAAGGAAGGGUUCCGCUACCCUCACGACUACCGCCCUGGUGGACGGUACGACCUCGACGGAGACCCUCCCCCCUACCAGCCACGGCGUGCGCCCGUGCCCGACCGUGCGGAGUCCCCUGCCCCCCUAAGACCCGAUCCCUAUGUCGGAGACUCGAUGGUUCUGGCUGGUGCCAAGCAGCUGCUCCCGGGGUGGCUUUGGACUGCGUGCAACAAACAGCUCGACGCUGAGCACGGGCCCCCGACGCAACCCGGCGCGAACCUACAAGUCCGCGAGGAGCUCAUGGGCGCGUUCAUGCAACCGUCGUAUGGAAAUUAUCCUGCGCGCCCAGACGACGAUAUCCGGUGGUCACUCGUCAACUUCGGCCUCGAUAAGGUUUUGAGUGUAGCUCCAUGUGCGCCGCAGAAGGGCUCGGAGGGAUGGGGGCUCCCCGUGCCGGAUCUGGAGUUUGUGCAAGUACCAGGCACACGGGAUGGGUACUAUGAAUGGAACGACGAAUAUCUGGAGAAGGUCUUCGAACAGAUACACGACCUUGCCUCCAGAUACGGGCUCGGAGAGUGUGACGGCGGCUGGCAGGUCGUCCGCUGGAAGGUGUACGACGAGUACGUCGAGUGCCUCCGGCGGGGCCCGCGGUACGACCCGGUCACGAAUCAGUGGGUUGACGAUGCGAAGUUCUGGCUCGACGAGCAUCAGUAUGAAGUGGGGACGGCGGAGCUGCGCGCGACUCUUCGCGAUCGGUGCGCGGCGGGGCUGCGCUUCAACGCCCUCUUACCCGUACACCCUCCCAUCGUCGCGGCUUAGUUCCGGGGAGGCUCUAUUAUGCUAUAGUCUCUCGGCUGCUACCGUUAUGUGGGCUCUCUAGUGUACGCGAGUGCCCAUCGUUUCAUAGUCCGGUCCGACUCGG